GUACGGUGAUGCUUCCACCACAUCGGCGCGCCGGCCCGGAGAACGGGACCGGGCGCGCCGGCCGCCAUCGUCAACCUGCAGAGACAUUAUUAUGUCUUGCUAUUUCUGGAAGUAAGCUCGCGGCUGGCUUGCAGCUGUGAGAUGCCGGGUUUGAGCUUUCACAGGGCAAACUGUUUGUCGACCCGGAGUUCGGAUGAGACCCAAAAAUGCGGGGUGAACCAAGUGUGAGUUCGUCUUGGCGUAAGAUACAGGUGACGCGGUUGCAGCAAGCUUCAGACUCGACUUUCUGCAGGAAGAGGGAAACCGAAUUCUUUUUAUCUGAAAGAAAAGAAAAGCAAAAAGAUGUUGGUCGGGGAACGGCUGACGGAUGAGGAUCAGGGAAAGGAAGGCUGAAGGCCUGAGGCAAGGCAUGGGUAUCAAGGGAGGGGGGUUUGUGCUGAGUUGGGCUUCUGGGAUCGCUCGUGAUUGGGUUGAAGAGGCUGGGCUGCAUAAGAGUUCCGUAAGCCAUGAAACAUCAGUGGGCAUUUACCACGCCGCUCUCUCUGCAUCCUAACGAUAAUCAAGAGGUCUUAUUCGCCGAUGUAUUCGUUGGUAAUCUUAGUUCUCACACUCUGCAUUCCCGAGCUCGACUUAUGCAACGAAUACAGUCAGUAGUGUCGACUUGCUCAUGAGCCGCUUGCCGAUGUGGCUUGUGAUCACAGCGAACAGCCUCAAAGAUGGAGUUGCAAGGGCUUGGCGAUGAAAUGCUUGGCAUCACGGGGUAGGAAUGAUCAGUCGGGACCUCCGAACCCCGCAUUUUCGGCGCCGAUAUGCAAGAAAGGCGGAUCCCGGGGCGGCCGGCUCAGCCUCCAUGGUCCUUGGCACGGGUGUAGAAGCCGCACUUAACGUCAUAGGAUGUCUCAUAUAUCGCCCUUUGAGAUAGGUAACUUGCUCUUUCAGAUCUCCUCGAGGCGGGUGAGGGAUGGAAGCGGAACACGUUGGGCUCGGCUCGUUGGACUGCAGUGAGGCCUUCUGGAGCUCACAUCGGCCCACUCCUGAGUGACCAUACGGAAAUUCCACACGUGCUCGAGUGUUGUUGCACAAAUUGUUCGAUAAGCAAGUGCACGAGAGAGCUUAAUGAUAAUUAUAUUUUUUGCGAGAUAUAUUCAAAGUUGGCCUAAUAGCCAUCGGAAAAGAGGUAUCGAGGCGAAUUUCGAGCUAUACCCUGCUCAUCUUCACAGCAAGGCUUUCUUCUCAUCCGACACAUCCUUGGGGACAUCCGGAGCAGCUUCUGACUGGAUUGAGCACAUCUCUCGAAUUGGGCUCUCUUCUAACCUGAUCGUGCCUUGCUCUUGUCUAUCAUGUAUCGUUAGUGAAGCCCUUCCAUCCAUACUUUGUCAACUAUGACUUACCUCCUCACAUAGCUACCCCAAGUCUCCACCAUUACCACCACAAGAAGGAAAGACGUUGCAAGAUAGAUGAUGAGCAUAUCGUUGUUUUCGCGUAGUAGCCUCCCAUGACGACACGGCAUUCCUGGUCGGGCGAACGACGCAAAGGUGGUGAUAUCGACGUCGGUCUCGGUAACCUCAAGCAAGUCCUCAUCGCCCAGUGUCACGACAGGCGCAUCCAUUUCGUCCUCCCAUGUUUGCGCGGCAGGCCGGUGUUUUGUGAGCGGUCGCAACUGCGGUGAAGCGACUUCUCUUGGUGUUUGCGCAGAUCCAUCUUCACUCCUCUCGGAGAUAACACUGGAGAGCUCGCUCGACCGGGACUGGAGGACAGUCACCACUCCAUUGGCAGCGUCCGAGAAGAUUUCCAAUCGUUCCUUCAACAAAACAGGCACAGGCGAGCAUGUCGCCAUAUGCGCAAGGCCAAGCACAAUGUACCACCUCAUUUUCAUAUGCGACCAAGGUGCGACAAUUUAACUCGGGCAAUCCAAGAACUCACGGGUUGGUCGCUCUUGCGUCCUUUUAAGGAGCACCCCAGCGACAAAGAACAAAGACUGACGUCGGGCUUCGAAACCGAGAGGGCGGUAGUGGAAUAAUCCAAACAAAGGAAGGGGAGCAGGAGCUUGCCGAGGCGCAAUAAUGCGCAGCGAUGAGGAAAGUCGAAAGUCAGUGAGGCCGGGUAAUUGGCAGAGGCAGGCCCAGACAGCUGAAUAUGCGGAGCGCAAUAUGUUGAAAGACAAGAAACACCGAGUACAGAUGCUAUGCAGCAGGCUAAAUGGAGGAAGAGCAGAAAUUGGGCUUACAAACGCCGUUACACGGGAGGGGAAGUCGGAGAAGCUGAAAAGGACGGCGUGUUUGGCCCCGCGAAGGUAGUGUGGGUGGUUGGGUCUUUAUGAAGACGGGAAGCCACCACCAAGCAGGGCAUUUCACGAUAGCGUCGAGCUCACAUAGGACGACGUCCAUAAGCAGGGCGCACCAGGCCAACAGGCCCCGUGUGCUAGACGCCGCUAUGCACCCGGAGGGUCUACACCAACCGAACCACUGCGCCGCAGUGCAUUUCAAUCUGCUCUUGGCGCCUGGUCCAAGGCAGGCAGUCUGUCGUGUAUCGGAUUUAUACUGUGGUGACCACCUCUUGGAACAAUGUGAUGAUGCGCUGACUUUGUUGCCAGUCGGCCGUUGUGGGGGAAGGCGUCCAACGGAUCCCCAGCUUUUUUUUUUCGCGACCAUUAUGCCACCGGUGGGCAAACGGCGAAGCCGAUCAUGGAGCGGCCCACGCUAGAAAAUGGCCAUGUGCCAGACGACGGCGAGGACGAGCGAGAGAGCUGCGCGUGCUAAGACAAGCUGUGAGCGGCACGUUGCAUGCAUAUCGGUAGGUGCCGGAAAAGAUUGGGUCAACCUGGCAGCCCUGUCCUUCUCGCCCUUCUCUUGGGGGGUGCUGAAAAGGGAGGGGGGAAGUCGUAGCGACACAGAGAUCUCGUAUUUCAAUAAUCGGUCGCCGUUCCGGACCAACGACCCAUCAUACGAGUUACCCAAAACGACGCCGUUUGACAUCGUGUUAAUUCUCCAGCAAGCCGCGGUUCAUGCGAUCUUUGUCUUGGCUUCGUGGGGCCAAGUAAGUUCUGCAUCUUCAGCUGCCCCAGUAGGUGUUUCAAUGGCUCUGAACUGGAAGCAAGGCGCCACUUGUAUAAAAGGCCUGUCUGCAUCUGUAACACGAGCUUCUGAGCUGCUGAUGGCCCACUUUGACAACGGAUGCCUCCUAUGCUCAUCCACGGCCGUUGAGCUAGAAUAGGGUAUAUCCAUCGCCGAGAAAUGCAAUGAAUAUGCAGCCCCUGAAGACUUACAACUUCGCCGCAUCAAUACGCAUCCAAAACAGCGGAACUCGUUGGCUGGAGCGGUCGAGGCCAACUCCUAGAAAGCUUGACGAUGCCAGUCAUGGCCCGGAUGCCGCUCGGGAGGAGAACAGGAAAAAGCUUGACUGACCCCUUCAUGCAUGAGGUACACCUUGGGUGAUUAUCAGGCCUUUUGUUGGGUUACACAGGCGGUCCGAAGGCGGGAUCCUAGUCUUGUGCCUGGAAAGGUUGCAUGCUUAAUCUUUGAAGUGAAUGGAACCAUGAAAAGCUCCAGCUGGUUUUGGAGAUAUGUUGGUGACGAUGGAUCAUUGCUUACGCGUCGUAGGAGUCGCUCAUGUUAAAUCGCCCUGAUUACCCAUGUCUGUGGGAGCAGGCCGUGCUCGGUGCCAAGGGGCAGGUAUUGCCUGCCACACGCCAGUGCAAUGGCUUGCCAAUGCGGGCUUUGCUGCUGGCGAACACAUCCGAUUCCUCCCCUACAUGUUUAGCACUGCUGUGGCAUUCAUCGACAAUAUCAUUGUGCAUAUGGGAGAGCAGUGA